GUAUUAUCCCAGUAAUCCCUACUGAUACACUAUACCAAACAAGACCUCACCGGCGAUUGCAAGUAUGAAGCUGAUGUGAAUCGCACCCAAUCCUCCAUCCUUCCAUGGAUCUCAGCGUCCAGCGGCAGAAGCUUUCCGACGCCGACGCCGGCGGCGAGGACUGCCUCAGUGCUCUGCCCGACGACCUGCUCAUACACAUCCUCGUCCUGCUCGACGACGCCGCCGAGGCCGCUCGGACCAGCGUCCUUGCCAGCCGCUGGCGCCGCCUCUGGCUCCUCCUCCCGGAGCUCAACCUCAACUCCAUCGAGCACCACCGCAUAGGCGCCGUGCUCGCAGCCCACGAAGCGCCGGACCUAACCCGGCUGAUCGCGCGCACCAAGGACGCGUCCCCAGAGUCCCUGUCGGCUUGGCUCCCCCUCGCCGCGCGCGUCCUCUCGGGCCACAUGCGCCUCGAGCUCGAGGAGGUUCAGCGGGGGGCCGAGGAAAGAGGCGCUGCCGUCGAUCUGCCUUGCUUCCACAAGGCCACCUCCAUCGUGCUCAAUCUUGGGCUUCUUGACCUCGCGCUGCCGCCUAACGGAGUAUUCGCCCGGCUCCAAGAGCUGCAACUAAUUGGCAUCCGGCUACAUGGCCAGUCCGGGUUCGGUGAUCUUCUCUCCUCCCAGCGGUGCCCAUACUUGUGGUUCCUCCGUGUCAGCGAUGCCCGGGGUCUGGACAGCCUCAACAUCCAAUCCGACUCUCUUAUGUGUAUGGAGCUGUUGGAUCUGCAUCGCUUACCGCAGCUCACUGUCGUGGCACCGGAACUCAGAAAACUACAACUGAGCACCUCCAUGGAUCCUCGGAAUACAGAACUAGCAGUUGCCAAUAUCUCAGCCCCUCUGUUGAUGUCGCUUGAGUGGAUGGAUGUUUAUUAUCCAAGUUCUAUCCAGUUUGACGCCAUGGCACAUCUUGAAAGUCUGGGCAUCCAUUUUUAUAUUCUAGAUGAGGAGGAGGAGGAGGCUUUUGAACACAAUCACUAUUGGUUGACAUUUUUGCAGCGCUAUGAGCACAUCCGCAGUCUUGAUCUCAUGAUUUCCUACCCGUCGGUCAUAUGUACUGGGCCAUACUUGACGGAAAACAUGCCAAGCCUUCCAAAUAUUACAUUUUUGAUGUUGAGUCUAAUUGUAUGGGGACAUUCCUUUGGAGCCAGUUUAUUUGAUGUUCUAAGGAGGUGUACUGGUGUAAAAAAGCUGCAUCUUGAUUUUUUUCCAGAAAAUCAAUCCGAGGAGCCAUGCCCAUCAGGUUGCAUAUGUGAUCAGCCAGCAAACUGGAGAACGGAGGAGCUUGCAUUGAAUUGUCUUGAGGAAAUAAAAAUCCACAUGAGGGGAACUGAACAUGAAGUUGCUCUUGUGCAACGGAUAUUCCAUUGGGCAACAGUACUGAGACGGGCGAAAAUAAGUUUCCAUGAACCAAUCACCGAAAGCAAUGAGAGAGAGCUCCGUCAAUUAUUACUAAGCUUCCCUAGGGUAGACAUAAGUAUGGAUUUUAGCGUGUUUGGUCAAUAAUACUUGGGCACCACUUUGUCGCUCAAAGUUGUUUCCUGUCCCAGCAGCUCUAGUUUUGUGAGAAUGUGAACUCUUGUAACUUGUUUCCCUGUAUAUGCGGUACUGAACUCUAGUUACUACUUAUGAGAGACAGCUGUGAAAUUCUUGUCAAGUGCCCUGGAAUAUUUUGCUUAUAAUGUUGUAGAAAUGAAGGGUGAGUUGCUGACUUGCUGUCCAGCAAAUCUGGCAUGCUUGAA